AUGCGGUUGCGGCGGCGCUACGCGGAAUUCCUCAGGCGGGCGUCCGCCCUGCCGUCCCUUCCGCUGGUGGCCUCCCUCCACGCCGCGGUGCUCCGGCGCGGGGUCCCCGCCCUCCUCGCGGCGUCCCUAAUCCACGGCUACUCGGCCUGCGGGGACCUCGUCUCCGCGCGCGCCCUGUUCGACGAAACGCCCCCGACGCUCUCGUCCCGCACCGCGCUCGCCGGCGCGCUGUCGGCGCACGGCCGGUGCUCGGAGGCGCUGGCGCUGCUCGCCGUCCCGGAGGCGGAGGCGGACGACAGAGCGGUGACGGUGCUCCUGGCGGCGUGCGCGCGCGCCGGGAUGGUGGCCGAGGGGAGGCGCGUGUUCGCGAGGGUGCCACGCCCCGCGCUGCAGCACUACACGUGCAUGGUGGAGAUGCUGGGGCGCGCCGGGGAGGUGGAGGAGGCGGAGCGGCUCGUGGCCCGGAUGGAGGCGCGCCCGGACAGGGUCAUCUUCGCGGCGCUCCUCGCCGCGUGCCGCGUGCACGGCCGCGUCGACGUCGCCGAGCGGGUGGCCGGGCUCAUGCGCCGGUAUGGCAUUGCGUGA